UUCAUGGAUUUGGCCUCCUGUGCUAUAGAUAAAAAGCUAAGAAGCCCCCUAUAGUUACCAAACAUCCAUAUGCACUGACUCUUUGCUUCUCUCUCCUAAGAAUAUGACUGCUGCCCUUGUCAGUCAAAUUCAGAAUGUGAAAGAAUUUUGAUAUUCUAGGAGCCUCUUAUUUGGCCCCCAAACAGCAUUAGCCUAUGCUUAGAAGCAAAUGACACAAGAGAACAGCUUGCAAAUAAUCGUGUUCUGACUCUGCCUUCCUCUUAAAAAGAAACAAGUUGCCUACAUUAUGCAGGAAUACAAUGAUGCCCUUCAGAGAGCUGAAAGAUUGUCUGUUGCACGAGAAAACUUCCUUCUGGGAAAAAACAAUCCUUCUAACUUAGUGACACAAGAAGACCUGACUGUUUACACAAAGUGGCUUGUGUGUCACCUACACUCGCUCAGGACUGUUCACCACUACCUACGGUCCCUCCAGUAUUUGCCCAUCUCCAAAGUGCUGAGUGUAGCUAUUGAUGAAUUUCCUGAGGCUUGUCAGGAGAAUGAAAAUGUAUGUGUUGAUGACAUCGACCCUAAUAUCCAGAGUUCUGGAUCUCUAGACCCUGUGGAUACCAGCAUUUCAGGGCUGACAAGAACAGAAGCUGCUUUCUCCCUGCCCCAACACAUGACUGAAAGAGAAGGACUGAAACCCCAGCUGAGGCUCCUGCUCUCCCAUUUUAAUAUCCCAUAUGACGUGGAAGAGCUAAGGGAUGCUACUAAGGAAAUGGAACUCUUUAACCUGGUUUCCCAAAAAUUUCAAAGCAUCUUUAUGGAGCAACAGAGAAUGCAAACAUUUCCAGACUAUGAUGCGAAGAUAGCUACUAUGGAGAAUUUGGGUUUGGCAGGACCUGGUAUGGCCUUGAAAAAGAAAGCUAACUGGAUUUCCUUUAUAAAGAUUAAGCCAAAAUGUGAUCCUUGGCAAAAGAAGAUGUUGACCAAACUAAAAGAACGGAAAAGAAUUGAUGCAUUAAUGCAACUCCAAGCAAAGUUUUUGAAGAUUUCCAGCCCUGAGCGAGUUAUGCAAGUGCUCCAAGACCACGCGGCGAAGACAGUCAUGCUGGCUCCAUCUCAUCCAGCUUUCGUGGCUUCCCAGAGUUUGCACCAGUGCAACUAUGACAGUAUCUGGGAGGACAUUUAUAACAACAUCAACCUGUACAAGAAUGAAAAUAUGAAGGAAGAUGACCUUGCGAUGGAACAAAACGCAAAUGACCCAGCACAAAUAAGUCUCUGCCAACAUGCUGAUAAGCCUGUCAAGCAGAAAAAAGAGAAAGGAUACAGCUAUGCAAUGGCCCUACAACGGCUCGGCUUGGACGAUGGGACUGGGCCCAGUGAUAGGGAUCCUGUCCUGACGAGGGGGACCUACUUGUCCUUUCUAUAUCUGCGCCACCUGCGAAUCAGGGAGCUGCAGCGCGUCUGUUUAGGAAUUCUGAACUAUUUCAGAUCUGUUGAACGAACGCUGACAAUCAACACUUCAGGCCUUACCAUGGUUGCAGGGAGUCUGGUCCCCACCAUAGAAGACAGUUCCCGGGUAAAUAUGGCAAAAGGAGGCUUGGGCAUCUUGCAAGGCCUGGGAGCUCACUGCUAUGUCCACGGGACAUCUGCUGAGCACAAGGUCCACAGCAUCCAGUUCAUGGAAUUCUCAGAAGUGGAGAACCAGGAUGACUACUACAGCAUAGACGCGGGUUACGUCUACACCCAGGACCAGCGAGGAGUGCAUGUCAUGUAUGAUGAAGCCUUGAGUGAUCUGAAGGAGCUGGAGGCAGAAAUGCUGCUUGUAGCCAGCCAUUACAUUGAGAAAGAGAAAGGUCAGAAGUCAGAUUUUAAAAAAUCAACCAGCCAAACAAAUAAUAAACACUAAGAGCUCUGUUUAACACCUUCCACCUGGAAACAUAAAUGCAUAUCCAAUAGUAUCUGAAAACUCAGUAAGUGCAUACACCUCCCCUACUUUAGAGAAGAUAUGGUUCUGCUUCUAGCUCAAGUCCCUCUUCUUGUUGGAGACUGUGACUACUCUUUCAAAGCGUGGUUAUAAUUCUGACUGUUGUUUAGACUCUGUUUGUUCCCCACCAGGUGAAGGGGGUGUCAUGCAGGGCCCCGAGGGAAGCAAAGUAAGGGAGUGAAGGUAAUAAUUCUUUUUUCCUAAGUGACAAAAAAGUGAUUGACCUUGGGGAAACAGCAGUUAGAAGCAGAGACACCCUGGAAUUCCUAACAAAAAUCCAGCAGGAUAAGCACCAAAAGGAGAAAUCAUUACUCAGGGUAAUCAAAUAACCUAUACUAUGGGUUCUCUUCUUCCUUCUGGCGUCACUCAAAUGUAUGCAAUUCUAGAAAUAGGUGAGGAAAGAAGAAUCCUUUUGGAAUAAUAUGAUGACAUUAGCAUUAUAUUUGGAAAGAGCUUAGAGUUUCUAGACAUAUUGCAACACCUAAAAGGAAAUUUAGCAAGGGUUUGUGCUAUUUUGUAAUAUAUGUGGUUGGUAAUUAAGAAUAAUUCAUUUUGGGGCGCCUGGGUGGCUCAGUCAGUUAAGCGUCCAACUCUUGGUUUCUGCUCAGGUCAUGAUCUCACAGUUCAUGAGUUCAAGCCCCAUGUUGGGCUCUGCAUUGCCGGUGUGAACCUGCUUGGGAUUCUCUCUCUCUCUCCUUCUUUCUACUCCUCCCUCUCUCUCUCUCUCUCUCAAAAUAAAUAAACUUAAAAAAAAGAAUUUUAAUAUUGAUAUAAAAUACUGCUCAAAGAAUGUUUGACAACUAACCUUUCAGAGCCUGACAGAAUUAACUUAACAUUGGAUUGAACUCUGCCCUCUUUGUUACAGACCAUGGGUGUCUGAAUCAUGGGAUGCAGUGAUGGCAUCCAACAUUCUAGGGCAUUUAAUUUCAACUUUUAGCUUUUAUCUUUACUGGUUAUUCUACAUACUGAUGGCAUCAUUUUUAUUGAUAUUAAUUUAUAACACUGUACAACUGUUUCAAGCUGCUAAGAAUUUAAUUUGAUUGAAACAGUCAGCAGUUAUUUAGCCACAUGAACAAGACCAUCUUUCAACUGAGCUAGUGAAUAUGUAGUCAUCCAUCGUGGAAUGAUUUCCCAACCUCUGCUGAAGAAAUUCCUGAUCAAAGUCUUUUUCUUGUUCAGUACCCAUCAUAUACAUGAUAAUUAUUGAACUCAAAGUUCAGCACCUGAAACUCUCUUACUUUUUGAUAUUUCAGUCUGAAAUAGACCACUCAAAAAUUGAAAGCAAUACUCAUGCUGGUAUUGAAAAAUUAGCAUUAAUAUAGUGGGAAAAUAUUUUAGCUGAAUAUAAUGACAAUGAUUACUUACCUUUAUUGAUUUAAGUUAGGAAUUAACAUAAUUAAGGAAUAUCUUAGAAACUUCUCUGAGAAGUUUUUACUUGGCUAAUUUCACUUGGAAGAGCGGGGUUAACCUGGGUUUGUGGUUAAACCACCAGGGACCUAUUUUUAGAGAAGGUGAAAUGUAUGUUUUGCCUUUAAAUUACAGGUUUGAGGAUAUUUUCGUGAAGAUUUCAUAUUAACUGAAUUUUGGUUGUAUUUCUAAAAUUAGCCUUUAAGACUAAAAUUAAAAAGUGGAAACAAAAACCUCUAUUGACUUAGAAGUCAACAAGUGUGAACUUAGGUCCUAGUCUUGGCCAAUGGCUCUCCAGCUGAUUCUUAGGAACCCCUGUGACUGACUCAGUGUUUUCAUUCCUGAGAUGGAGCUGACAGUUCAAGGGCUGCUUUUCAAAUGAGAAUAGCUCCGUGGAAAGGCCUGUCUCUGGUCAUUCUCAUCCCCCUUCUCUCCCAGGUCACAAAGAGGGC